AUGUCUCAUUCUGUACCUGCGAAAGCAAAGCAUGUGAUCGAGUAUCCACUCAACAGCGCAGCGUUUGGCGUUUGGAAGGAGAAGGACUCUACUCGUCAUCGAUUGCAUCGAUACUUCGUCAGAAUACUAGUCGCAGUCACUACUUUAGACGCAAUAGUUUUAAUAGUACCCAGACUAGAAGGAGUACAACAACCAUACGUUUCCACUAAUAGUGGAAAGAACAAGGCACCACUGUCAUCGACUACUUCUUCGUACUUGAGAUCUUUUUCAUGUUCACCUGUUUCUGCAGCUGAACCAGCAGCAUUUGCGCUGUUGGCAACAAAUUUCAAUCGGACUGUGUUACGGAUGAUAGAAAGUGCUUAUGCUCUGCAAGUUCGCAAACCGCUCAUCGAGCUCUCGACGCAACAGCUUGUGUCAUGCGAUCAAACUUCAGCGGUUGCAAUGGAGACCGAGGUUCGAUAUCCUUACCUGUCAGGAACAGAUAAUCAAACGAGGAGCUGCUCUUUCAAUCACACUCGAAUUCACGCAAGUAUUACUGGGCUUUUUCAUAUCACGAUGUCCACUCAACCUACUGCAGACGACGAAAAUGACAUGAUGGUCUAUCUCUAUCCCAAAGGACCGAUAACGGCGUGCCUAAACGCCGUAAACCUUCAAUUUUACUUGCAUACAGAUUUGGAGUCAAUAAAUCUGGGAUUCCCUAUUGGAUUGCGAGAAAUUCGUGAAGUGACGAUUGGGGGUUUUGAAGUCAGUGAUGGCGGCACACCAUUUUGGAUUGUAAGAAAUUCUUGGAGAGACAACUGGGGCGACGGCGGUUACUUUCUUAUUGAACGUAACGUCAACAUGUUUGGUAUCGCUAAAACGGCAUUUGCAGCUUACAUUACACAUUGA